CAUCAAAUUCCUCUGUACAUAAAAUCAACAUUUCAGCCUAGAUAUUUACCCAAACCCUCAACCGACAUAUAUUAAAUCCUAAAAUGCUAUCACAAUCGUACAUCAAACUUCUAUUAGCACUUACCAUCACGCUCACUGUGUUGGUAGCUUGGAGCACAAGCACUACCGUUUGUGGAGAGUGGUACAAGAAGAAAUUGCAAGCAGGCAAUAAACUCAGGAUGAGAGCUGUUUUGGCCAAAAGAGAACAAUUUAGAGGUCCCGGACGAAUCUUAGGAAAGUCCUCCACCAUCAGGACCACUUGGGUGAAGCCAGGACUGGGUGCUUGCGGAUUCACCUACACCGACGACUCUAAAGGGGCUUGCUUAUGGACGGGACUAAACAUGGAUUCGCCUCUACCUAAGGGUUUAUCUUCAGGUUGGCUCACUGGCGCCCACCCGAAAAACUGUAAAAGAGAACUUUUCAUCAACCGAAAAGAUAUACGCGCUGAGGGAAGAGCACUCGAUGGAUGCCCCUUUUCAGAUACAAAGAAACUCAGCAUUGAGGAAGGCUGCUCCACCAUAUGGGUUACAAGAGCGACUUUCAUAGAACUUGGUGGAGAUCCUAAGAGUGGUGUUACUGAGAUUGACAUUGACACUUGGGACUUGUGAGCUUUUUUUACCAGCCAUAAUUGAUACUUUGUGACUUGAUUCAAGAGAAGUAUGGAUACUGACUUGGACUUUUGAGUUUUGAUUUAUAGCAAGAAGGGCGGACAAAAUCCACCAAAUUGAUCCAAGUCAUCAUUGUCAACCUCUCUUCACUGCACUACUGUAAUCCAACCUCCUGAUCCUGUGCGCUUCUUAUAUCCAUAGAUGAAUUUCCAGGUUUUUGAUUUCCAAUUGAGAAUCCGUGGUAUUACCAUUGGCAGAUAAAGAAGAUCAAUCCUCAGUUAUCAGCCAUUUUGAAAUUUCCCACAUGAGCAAUUAUAUGGGUUUCUCUGACAAUUGUUUACUAAGACUUAUGUUUCCAAUAUCUGUACAUACAAACAUAAACCAACUUGGUUGAUUCCUGUAUCCUGUCUUUCUUCAUCACAUAACACUGAAAUUUUAUGUUAUAGACAAUCACAUUAUAAACAAUACCAAGUGACAGUCUGAAUAAGACU